AUUAGAUGCCUUUCAUACACAAACGCACAUACAGAACCUUAUGAAAGAGAGACAGAGAGAGAGAGAGAGAAAGAAAGAAAGACCGAAAACAUAAAUAAACAUCAGAGCUGAUGUAAAAGUCACAAGUUUUAAAGAAGAAUGCGAAAAUAUAUUUGGUAGGAACAUAUUUGGAAUAGAUUCAGAAAAUCUAUCUGGAAGCAAGAAGCUUACAAGGCAACAGAAAACCCGUAACUCACAUCGAUCCUGACCGAGCACCAUCUCUUCAUCAAUCAUAAUAAAAUAACCAACGCUAAUUACCCAUAAUUGACAUUGAAACUGUGCAGCAGAAAUGUCAGCCAGCGGUUAUGCUUUCAUUGCCGUCGCUAUAAAUAUGUUGCUAAAAUAUUGGUCAGCAUUGAAGACAUCGAAAACAAAAGCGAAAACCUUGAAGAACAACAGAAAGCAAUACCAAUUCUUGAUUAGGUCGGAUUUUUUGUCAGAUCACAAAACUUUUUCAGGAGGGGAUAAAGUCACCAAGAUAUGAGAAAGAUCUGAUGACACAGAGCAACAGCUAAUAUACAUAUAUAUAUAUGUCUGUCUAUCUAUCUACCUACAUAUCUAUCUAUCUAUAUAUCUAUCUAUCUUUAUCUAUAUAUCUAUCUACAUACACACACACAGAACUAACAGUUUAUAAAAAGGAGAAAAAGUAAGAGAGAAAGACAGGGAGAAACCUUCAUUCCAUUUUUGCUUCUUUCUCUUUCUUCCUCCCUACACUUUUCUCUACUGCCUCUUUCUUUCUCCCAUUUUACUCUUUCUCUUCUCUCCCUCUUUCCUUCUCCCUCUCUACUUUUCUUCUUCUAUCUCCCCACCACCUUCUUUCUCCCUAUCUACUUUCUUUCUCUUCUCUCUCUCUCUCUCUCUCUCUCUCUCUCUCUCCCUCUCUACUCUUUCUCCCACUGACUAAAUUCAGCUGACUCCUCCUCCUCAUUCUUCCUCUCUGCUCGUUCACACACACAAAUACUUCACAUACUAUAACAACAGCUCUGAUGUCUCUUACAUUACAAACCAGUCGAAAGUAAUAAAUAAGUAAAAUAAAUGCUUUUUUUUUUUAAACUCCAGUGAUAAAUAGACCAAGUGUCACACACACACACAUAUAUAUAUAUAUGGGAGUGGAGAGGCAGAGAUAUCAUAGGUUACAUAUAAAUGAUUAGACAAACAAAAUAAAGCAGAUCAGAAAACAAACAAAAACAUUUAUAAUAAUAAUAAUAAUAAUAAUAAUAAUAAUAAUAAUAAUAAUAAUCCUUUCUACUAUAGGCACAGGGAUUGAAAUUUCUGGGGAAGGGGUAAGUCAAUCACAUUGACCCCAGUACAUAACUGGUACUCAUUUAAUCGACCCUGACAUGAUGAAAGGCAAAGUCGGCCCCAGCGGAAUUUGAGCUCAGAAUGUAAAGACAGAUGAAAUACCGUUAAGCAUUUUACCCGGCGUGCUAACGAUUCUGCCAGCUAAAUUAGUACUUUCGUUUGCCAUUAGGACAUAACCACACCUUCACCUUUAUAGGAUUUUUUCUUAUAUUUAUUGGUGAUCUAUAGAUACACCAUUAUUAAUGAGUUAAAAGUAUUGAUUGCUUACAUAGGUACAGGAGUAAAAUAUUUCAUUCAUGCGAGGCUGUAAUUGGACAAUACAAAUGCAAAAUAUUUAAAUAUUUAAAACCUGUUGAUAUCCAAGGUAACAGGUAGUAACCCACUACCCACAUAAAUUUCUAUCAGGAAUAAGACCGAACCUGAACCAAACCAAAGUAAGAAUAAUAAUAAACUGCUUUAUUGGGGAAAAUUAGGAUUUUGAGAUUGGUUCUUGGGUGUUGAUUGUCUUCCAAGUACCAAAGUUUAUAAUUUGCAGAAAGAGACCCUUGACAACAGGUUGCUGUCUGCUCUCACAGAAUCGACCAGAGUAAGUAAGACCGAGAACUCUGGGAAAUAAAAUAAUAAUAAUAAUAAUAAUAAUAAUAAUAAUAAUACAAAUCAAAGGCAUUUCUUUAAUUUGUUUUCUUUAAGAAACUGCAUUUACUCACUUAAUUUCUUUAAAAUAUAAAAAAAGUGGGUGAAGGCCAGGAUUGAAUUUGAGUACUUUUAUAGACUGGAGCCAAUAUCAAAAGCCAUGAAGCAAAAAGGCAAAAACAACUGGAAAAGCACAAAGUUUAAAUUUCCAGGAUUGAACUUGGUUUCUCCUCUGGAGAUAUUGGCUCAUAGCAAUAUCAACUGCCGGAGAUCAGGACUGCACACGGCGCCAUCUACCCGGGAGGGAAGUACAGUGAGUGGGGGUGAAGAUGGAGCCAAAGGUAACACCACCACCACCACCACCAACAACAACAACAACAACGACACCACCAACAAACGUGACAGGGCCAACAGUCGGUCGAAGGUGAGACCCAUUGCUAAAAAGACCUCAACUCUGCAAGAUGAGUUGGCAAUCGAGCGGAACAGUCAACGAAGUUCAUUGAGCUGCAUGGCUGCACAACACCAAUACUGCAGCAUUGACAGUUUCUUACGUCUCAGAAGCUUCAGUGACGAAAUAAAUGUGGAAAUGGAGAAGAUGAGUCAUACAAGUCUACGCAGCAGUUGUUCUGGUCAAAACACGGAGCACAGUUUUGUCAGUUUGGCCACCAGUCUCAGAAGUAUUGAAAGUAGAUUCUGGAAAAUGCGAAUGAACCCUUAUCGAAGUUCUCGUGAUUCAGAUAUGUAUGACAGGCUUGAUUCUAGGGAAGGUGCCAAGCACAUGUCACAGCCUGACUAUAGCGUCAACCCUCAGACAUUAUUGGAAAACUAUGUGGAGAAGAAAGUUCGUUUUGCUGGAGUGAUUCCAGAUGUGCAGAUUGAUGAUGUCACAAACAGAACAGAUGUAUUACGCAUUAUUGAUGAAGGCAAGAAACAAGGCAGAGUCCAUCAUCGGACAACGGAUAAGGAGCAUGGCACUUGCUUCACACUCAAUGUCCACAACAUAAAACUGACCUGCAAAGAUGUAAGCAGACAACUAUUUCUUCUGUAGCACAUGAUGAUACUGCCGACAUAUUUACUGUCUCUCCCAGUCUGUCUGUCUGUCUGUCUCUGUCUGUCAGUCUGUCUCUGUCUGUCUGUCUGUCUCUGUCUGUCUGUCUGUCUCUGUCUGUCAGUCUGUCUCUCUCUCUCUCAGUCCUCUGCUUUUCUCUUUUUCAUCACUGUCCUACCCCUCAGGUCAUAUUCUCUCACUUUCUCCCUCCCUCUCCUUCAUCUCCUACCACUACUACUCUCCUCUUUCUCUCCUUCACUCCUACACAAAAUCAAAAAGGGGAGAGAGAGAGAAGUACCUGACCAACGUGGACGUGUGCC